AACUCGCUCUGUUGACACUUGUAAAACCACAUCCUCUUUUCCUCGUCUUCGACUCCCCAGCAUGGCUCUCCCUGCGGCCCGCUCAGCGCUCUCGGCGCGCGCCUUCAUCCGCCCCGCAGCUGCUCUCAACGCCGCCGCUUCAUCGUCGCGCUACCUGAGCACAACCACCCCCCGCCAUGAUGCUCCCGUGGCUACCACCCCCGGCAACUCUGAAACCGCCCUCCCGGUUCCGCUUCCCGGCAUAAAAUUUCUUUCCAUGCCUCCUGUCACCCCGCACCCGCCAACCCACGGCAUCCACGUCGCGACUCUCCACCUCCAAGCCCACCACCCUUAUAACCUCGACCUCGUAUCCCAAUUUGCAGUCCACUCUGCCCACUCUCUCAACAUCCCAACCUCCCUUCCUGCUUUCCUCCCUAGGGAGAAGAGCUUGUACACCGUGUUAAAAUCACCGUUCGUGAAGAAGAAGGCACAGGAAAACUUUGAGCGCCGGACACACAAGAGGGCGAUCAAGGUGUAUGAUGCCGAUCGCGAGGCGAUCGAUUUGUGGCUGAGAUAUCUCAGACAGAAUGCGCUCCCGGGAGUGGGUAUGAAGGCGUACAUCCAUGAAUGGGUUGAACUUGGGUUUGGCAGGAAGGAGGCCGAAGGGCAGAAUGAGAUUGAGAUGGAGGUCGAGGAGAAGAGGAUACAGGAUGCUGCUGCAGAGCUGGUCAAGGCUUUGAGCGAAGGAGAGGGAGAGGAUCAGGCUGAGGGUGUGCAAAAGAUUGUUGACGCUGCCAGGGAGGAAAAGCCAGCGGAGAAGCUCAAGGAGGAGGAGGCCAAGUCAUCAUAGGUUGUUUAUAUGCAUAUUCAGGACUCGAUACAUGUAGGCUGCAUCCAGGA